ACACACACGGUCUCUCUACGGUGACGCCUUCUUGCAAGAACCGGAACUGCGGAGACCCAAGCCGAGUGCCUUGUGCGUGUGGUGGAGUCUGCGCCUGGACUGGCAACUGCUGUGACGAUAUCAAUGACCAUUGCCCAGGGGAGGAGGAGAAAUUUCUAAGCAAGUUACCUUUUAAUGUUAGGCACGCCACAGCCUCCUGCAUUGACUAUGCGGAGUAUUUAGGUAUCAUUGACUGCCCGAGCCGGGGUGGGCGUUCUGACAUCAGAAAACGAGACGUUGGGGUCUUUGAUCUUGACCAAGAAGACAUUGUCGGUUAUCUCAAAAGUAUUACUCCCGUUUUCGACAAGAGCACGAAAAUAAUCUACAAAAAUGUCAACGUUUUCCGUUGUUACGCCACCGAGGAUUCAAACACUCUUUUAUGGAGUGUAAAUUUAGCCCCACAGAACGAUCAUGUUUUUGAUUCUAUCAACACGACAUCCGAUUUGUUUUAUCUGAUCAGACGGUCGGUUGUGAAUGGAUUUUUACUCCCCAUCGACGAUAUAGAAGUAGAACUUUGCAGCAGCGCUGGUCAAAGAUCAGUCUUUCUUGAGGUAGGUUUCUCUGAUACUGAGCUUUUGAUUAAGAAUCGCGAUGUAAACAAAUACCCAUGGAAGUCCAUACGAUGUGGCGAACUACAAAAUGAGUCCUGUUCAUUGGAGCUGUGUCACAUAGGAGGUGAAAAAGUCGAUAAUUAUCAUGGUUGUGUCUAUCCAUGGCAACUAAGAGUUACGGUUGUCUACCCUUCCCCAAAGUUUGAGGCUGAAGUAGUUGAUAGCAUAAGCAAGCAACUUAUCUGUCUUUUGAGGUCUUCGUCAGAAAUCUUGACCGUCGAAGUAUCCCAAGGUCCACAUAUACCCCAGACGGAAAAUUUUCCUCCAAUCGAUCAUUUCACAAUAGACUUCAGAGUGAACUUGACACGAACCAAGCUAGACCGGAGUUACGUCGUAGAGAUUCUCUCUAGCGUUAUCAGUGUUCAUCUAGAAGACGACCCGCGGAACUUUUCCCAAGAUUUCCGAAACUAUAUGAAGGGUCGUUUACGUGCGGGAGACGACCUACUUUCACUGACAGGUACCACUGCGCGCCCGACCUUUCUGAAUGGCUUUGACGAUGACUCACGGAUUGUACAAGGUGACAACAAAGCAUCUGAAGAUAACAAUUCUACGGCAGGUGAUCUUAUGCCUUUGGCAGUCUGUGUUGAAGUUGACUCCAAUGAACUGCAUUCCAAUGAAGAAAGCUGCCCCGGUUUUUUUCAGUUAAUUCGUUAUACAAACAAACUACACCCGGGAUGCUUAGAAGGGAUAGUUAGAUAUAGGUCCAGUCAGACAUCUGCGGAGAGUAGAUUCUUUGUUCCUAUUCCAUUAAUUUCUUUUCUUUUGUUUGCCACGAUUAUAGAGGCCCUUUGACUGCUUUGAAGCAACGUUCGUCGUGACAUAUAUCCACCCCCCACCCCCCUCUAUCAAAAUCUUUUCAACAACCAGACCAACUUCUAGCCUGAACAAGACACAACACAUGUUUUUCAUUUGGUUUCUUAUAUAAUUAUUUGCUUAUAGAUAACAUUAAAAUAUCUUAUCUUCUCGCUUAUUCCUUUUCAUCUCAACUGUUUUGUUCCGUGUGUAUGCAAAAUAUGAGCUGGCUGCAUGAAUUAAAGUAGUGUCCAGUUCUAAGAUAAGUAAUACGUAAGACCUUCACUGCAUCGUCCUUGCUAUUCGUAUUUUCCCAAAAAUACGUUGCACAAUAUGUGCUUUUUAAAAUUUAAGCAUGUUGUUUUUGUUUUAGUGUAAGUACAUAUUCAAUAUCCUUAGCGUAGGUAUGCAAUUGGCUAUGUAUGUUCAACCCUUAUAUACGAUUGUGAAGGCCGGACAUCCUCUGAAGACAAAGAAAAUAAAACUGAAGCUGCAGAAAUGCGGUUUCUUACGGGGC